CAUGCUUUUUGGUUUUAUAUCAAAUUUCAAAACUAUCAAAAUGUCUGGUGAAUUUAUAAUAUUAUAAAUAAUAUUUUUCGUAUAAAUUUUAAUUGUAAUAUCAUUAUUCACGUUAGGGGGUUUUAACGAAUAAUUUAAUAAUGGCCAGCUGUACACCUCAGGGUGCAAAAUUACUCAAUGGAUGGAAAGCAGCAAAAAUAUUCGAUAAAGGUAUAGGACUUGAGUUGCCACAGGCGUAUAAAAAAUUCUGGAAAGAGUGGAAAGAAACAAAACCCACAGCUGUACAUUAUAUUCAUAGGGAUGAAAAAUGGGAACGAAAUGAACUGACCGGAGAAGUAAAACCAGUACAAAAUAUUCCUAUACCAAUUAUAUAUCCAGCAGAGCAUCAUGAAGGAAUAUGGGGUGGCGAAGGUGUCGUAAAAGGCUUUCAAAAACGUGAUCAAUACAAAAGACGUGUUCCUCAUUUUUGGGUACCAGUAUUAAGAAGAACAGUUGUUUACAGUGAAAUUUUAGAUAAGUAUAUGGCUGUCGUUGUUACAAAUAGAACUUUGAAUUUAAUUCAUGAAAAUUAUGGCUUGGACCAUUAUCUACUUAAAACUUUGGCAUGUGAUUUAAAAUCUGAAUUGGCGUUGCAAAUUAAACGUAGAAUGCUUAAGGCGUUAGAAAAAAAUUGUCCUGCUUAUGCUGGAACUCCUGAACUGCAAGCAGAAGUAUACAAUCGUUAUAAAAACUAUUUGAGUGCUUAUUCUUCAGAGGAAAUCGAUUGGUAUGGGCUAUCAUUUUCCCAAGCAUGUACAAAAUUGCGUACUCUACAAAGUUUAUCGCAAGCAAAUGAACCGUUAAAACAUAAAUAUAGAUUUAAAUUAAUACAAAAGUUAAAAGAAGCUGGUAUACAAGAAUUUGAGGAUUUAGAUAACCAAAAGAGUAAAAUGUCUUCAUCGUGGCUAAAUAAAAUGAAUCCAUUCUCAAAGAAGGAAACAUAGUUUUUUAUUUGUAUUGUGCGCUGUUAUAAAUUGUAGAACAAUUGUCUAAAAAAAUUGUAAUAAAGUUAACAAUAAACCUCUUUAAAAAUUGA